AUGGGAGACAACAAGUGGUUCUGGGAAGAAGGAAAUGAAGAGGAGAGUGAGACGAAGGAAACUACGAAGAAGAAUACGCAAAUGGGAGGUGCAACAAUUAGAAGGAAGAAGAAACAGGAGGAAUCAGAAGAAGAGAAACCUGAUAAAACGAGUUAUUGGGGAAAGAAGAAGACGGGGAGAAAGAGAGAGAAAGAGGAGAAAGAGGAGAGGGAAGAGAGACAAGAGAAGACUAAAUAUUGGGGAAAUAAGAAGUCAGAAAAGGAAGAGAAGAAGGAAGGAGAAAAGGAAACAAGAUAUUGGGGAAAGAGGAAGAAGCAGAACAAGGUGAGAGAUGAGGAUAGAAAUGAGAGAGGGGAGAAUGAAGAGAGGUCAGAAACAGGCAAUGGAGGAGAGAGAGAAGAAAGGCCAAAGGAGACAAAAUAUUGGGGAAGAAAGCAGAAGAAGGCAGAACCAAAGAGAAGGGAGGAUACAGGAAGAAAUCGAGAAGAGAAACCAACAAAAUACUGGGGAAAGAAGAAGACAGGAAAAGAAGCACCAGAGAAGAGAGAAAGGGAUAGAGGGGAGUCAGGUAAAAAAGAAGCUAAUCAACAGAAACCUGAAUCAAAGAAGAAUGAAGAAUACCAAAAGGAAGAGGUGGUGAAAGAGAAAGAGAAAGUGGAGGAACCAAAGCAGAAGAGAGGGAGUUUCUUUGACUUCUUUGGAAGUAAAAAGAAGAAAGAUGAAAAUGUUGAUCAGAAAGAUAAAGAUAAGGGAAAAGAUGAGAAGGCAGAAACAGAAAAGGCAAAAGAAAGUCACCCAGAAAACCAAAAAUCAAAAACAGGUGAACCUGAUAAAACACCUAAAUCAAAAGAAGAUCAACGUGAUGAAUCAAAGAAGAAAGCAGAGCCAGAAAUAGCAAAGGGAAAAGGUGAGAAGACAGAAAAAGGAAAUCAGCAAGAAAAACAUAAUCCAAAAGAAGAUCAACGUGAUGAAUCAAAGAAGAAAACAGAGCCAGAAAUAGCAAAGGGAAAAGGUGAGAAGACAGAAAAACCAAAAGGAAAUCAGCAAGAAAAACAUAAUCCAAAAAGUAGUGAACCUGAUAAAACACCUAAACCAAAAGAAGAUCAACGUGAUGAAUCAAAGAAAGACAAGUCAAAUAAACCACAACGUGAUGAAUCAAAGAAAGACAAGUCAAAUAAACCACAAUCUGAUGAACCAAAGAAAGAGAAGUCAAACAAACCACAACCUGAUAAAUCAAAUAAGCCAGAAGAGCAAAAUAAUGCAACCAAAAUACCACCAGAAAGCAAGAAUGAUCAACAUAAACCAGAAACAGAUAAGGAAGAUACAAAUAGAACACAACCAAAUACACCAGAUAAGGCACAAUCAAAAAAUGAUGAUAUUAAGAAAUCAAAAACUAAAGAGGGGACUGUAUUUGGAAAGCCACCUGAACAAAAAGAUGAAAAGAAACCUGAAUCAAAAAAAUCAAACGCAAAUCAGUCAAAAACUAAGGAGGGAACUGUCUUCGGGAAACCAUCAGAACAAAAAGACGAAAAGAAACCCGAAUCAAAGGCAAAUCAGUCAAAAACCAAAGAGGGAACUGUAUUUGAAAAACCACCUGAACAAAAAGAAAGCGANAAGGAAGAUACAAAUAGAACACAACCAAAUACACCAGAUAAGGCACAAUCAAAAAAUGAUGAUAUUAAGAAAUCAAAAACUAAAGAGGGGACUGUAUUUGGAAAGCCACCUGAACAAAAAGAUGAAAAGAAACCUGAAUCAAAAAAAUCAAACGCAAAUCAGUCAAAAACUAAGGAGGGAACUGUCUUCGGGAAACCAUCAGAACAAAAAGACGAAAAGAAACCCGAAUCAAAGGCAAAUCAGUCAAAAACCAAAGAGGGAACUGUAUUUGAAAAACCACCUGAACAAAAAGAAAGCGAACCUCAACCUGAACAAAAGAAUGAACCAGUUGAUUCUUCACCUGAGGAAACUAAGCGUGAAUCACCCUUGGCCAAUAUUGAUCUGAGACUGAUCUAUAUCUUCUUUGGGAUACUGAAUCUGGUGUGUGUUGCUGUAUUCCUGUUCUGCACCGAGUAUCUCUUUGAUUGCACUGUCUCAUUCAACUUCGUAGGCCUCUGCCUGCUUGUUGUUGCCAUUAUACCAUGGAUCCCAUUCAAAAGCAAAGACAAAACAUUCGUCUUCAAAGUGGGGCUUCUCUCUCACAUUCUGACUCUGCUGGCGCUACUGUUUCUCUUUCUGCUCCGUGUCACAGUCACAUUCUACAUCUUGGACCUUGAUGACUACGAUGUGACUCGUGAGCAGCUUGAGGCUGUUCGGGCUCUCCCCCUUGAAAAACGCGUAUUCGAAUUGGACACGAUUCUUGAGAGGAAUCUGCUGGCUCCGUUGCUCCAAGACGACAACAGAAACGUGAAAGUGGUGCUGUUUCAUUCCAGCAAGCGCAGUGUACGAGGAAACAAGAAUCUCGAUGAGACACUUUUUAAGGAGCUGAUGAAGUUUGACCUGAAAGACAGAAACAGGAAGGAAAUGACAUUUAUUAGCGCAGUACUUGGUUUAGAUUGGGAGUCUUCUGCUGAGGAGAGAUCAAUUCUAAAGCUAAUCAACAAAACACGCUUCAGUAACAAAAAGGAGUAUUAUGCUGAAUUCAUAGGGUACUUCAGACUGACAGACAUGCCUGAAAACAUGAAGCAGCUGACACGCAAAUUGCACGACUUCCGUGAACUACAUCGUACCAUCAUUCAACACUGA